ACCCUUCUCCCGGGUCCCCUUCUCUCCCACGACUCCUUCUCGUCUGUCGCGACCGAGCGGCAGCAACAGGAGGGCCUUGGCUCCUCGCCUUGCCGUCCUGAGAGGCACUUCCGGCGGCGGUUCACUUCCUGGUUGGGUGGAUGGAGCCAGGCGGGAGCGCGCGCGGGGGAGGGGCGGCGGGUCAGUCUCCGCUGGGCGCUCCGGGGAUCAGCUGGCGGGCGGGCGGGCGCCGAACGCGGCCCCGGCUCUCGCUGCAGCGCCGCCUCCUCUCCGCGUCGCAGGCCGGCCCCGCGGCCGUGACAAUGUUGCAGGGCUGGUAGCUGGGCGCCAGCCGCCGAGCCUUCUCAAGUUUAAACUUACGCGAAUCGCUCUCUUGAGGAGGAGGGGACCGCGGCGCGAUUGACACGCAUAUUCCUAUAGGCAUCUUCCUUCAGCCCCCACCCCCACGGCCGGAUUCGGGUGGCUCCUCUCCGAGCUGAAAUCCGAGAAGAAAUCCUUGGAUCUCUUGUUUUCUUAAAAAAAAAGAAAAAAAAAUCCAGAAACCUUCGGUAUUUUGCUUUACUGCUUCCUCUUCUCAAGAUGAAGAAGUUUUUCGACUCCCGGCGAGAGCAGGGCGGCUCUGGCCUGGGCUCUGGCUCCAGCGGAGGUGGGGGCAGCACCUCGGGCCUGGGCAGUGGCUACAUCGGAAGGGUCUUUGGCAUUGGGCGACAGCAGGUCACUGUGGACGAGGUGUUGGCGGAAGGUGGAUUUGCUAUCGUGUUUCUGGUGAGGACAAGCAAUGGAAUGAAAUGUGCCUUGAAACGCAUGUUUGUCAACAAUGAGCAUGAUCUCCAGGUGUGCAAGAGAGAAAUUCAGAUAAUGAGAGACCUGUCGGGGCACAAGAACAUUGUGGGUUACAUUGACUCCAGUAUCAACAGUGUGAGCAGUGGUGAUGUAUGGGAAGUGCUCAUUCUGAUGGACUUCUGUAGGGGAGGCCAGGUGGUCAACUUGAUGAAUCAGCGCCUACAGACAGGUUUUACUGAGAAUGAAGUGCUCCAGAUAUUUUGCGACACCUGCGAAGCCGUUGCCCGUCUGCACCAGUGCAAAACUCCUAUUAUCCACCGUGACCUGAAGGUUGAAAAUAUCCUCUUGCAUGACCGAGGCCACUAUGUCCUGUGCGACUUUGGAAGCGCCACCAACAAAUUUCAGAAUCCGCAAACUGAGGGAGUCAAUGCAGUAGAAGAUGAGAUUAAGAAAUACACAACGCUGUCCUAUCGAGCACCAGAAAUGGUCAACCUGUACAGUGGCAAAAUCAUCACUACGAAGGCAGACAUUUGGGCUCUGGGAUGUUUGUUGUAUAAAUUAUGCUACUUCACUUUGCCAUUUGGAGAGAGUCAGGUGGCAAUUUGUGAUGGAAACUUCACAAUUCCUGAUAACUCUCGAUAUUCCCAAGACAUGCACUGCCUAAUUAGGUAUAUGUUGGAACCAGACCCUGACAAAAGGCCGGAUAUUUACCAGGUGUCUUACUUCUCAUUCAAACUACUCAAGAAAGAAUGCCCAAUUCCUAAUGUACAGAACUCUCCCAUUCCUGCAAAGCUUCCUGAACCAGUGAAAGCCAGUGAAGCAGCUGCAAAAAAGACCCAGCCAAAGGCCAGACUGACAGAUCCCAUUCCCACAACAGAGACUUCAAUUGCACCCCGUCAGAGGCCUAAGGCUGGGCAGACUCAGCCAAACCCAGGAAUCCUUCCUAUCCAGCCAGCUCUGACACCUCGAAAGAGGGCCACAGUUCAGCCCCCACCCCAGGCCACAGGAUCCAGCAAUCAGCCUGGCCUUUUAGCCAGUGUUCCCCAGCCCAAAACCCAGCCCCAACCCAGCCAGCCUCUACCGCAGUCUCAGCCCAAGCAGCCACAGGCUCCACCCACCCCACAGCAGACGCCUGCCACUCCUGCCCAGGCUCUGCCCACUCCAGCCCAGGCCACCCCCCAGCACCAGCAGCAACUCUUCCUCAAGCAGCAGCAGCAGCAGCCGCAGCCACAGCAGCAGCAGCAGCCGCCACCUUCCCAGCAGCCUGCGGGCACGUUUUACCAGCAGCAGCAGCAGGCCCAGCAGGCUCAGCAGUUUCAGGCAGUACACCCAGCAGCCCAGCAACCAGCGAUUGCCCAGUUCCCUGUGGUGUCCCAAGGAAGCUCUCAACAGCAGCUGAUACAGAACUUCUACCAGCAGCAGCAGCAGCAGCAGCAGCAGCAGCUGGCCACGACCCUGCAUCAGCAGCAGCUGCUGACUCAGCAAGCUGCCUUGCAGCCGAAGAGCACCGUGGCAGCAAUACAGCAGCCCCAGGCACAGCCGGCCGCAGCCCCGCAGCCACCACCCCCAGCCCAGGAGCCCACGAUUCAAGCCCCAGUAAGACAACAGCCAAAGGUUCAAACAACCCCACCUCCUGCCGUCCAGGGACAGAAACUCGGAUCUCUCACUCCUCCAUCAUCCCCCAAGACCCAACGUGCUGGGCACAGGCGGAUUCUCAGUGACGUAACCCACAGUGCAGUCUUCGGGGUCCCUGCCAGCAAAUCAACCCAGCUGCUCCAGGCAGCUGCAGCUGAGGCCAGCCUCAAUAAGUCCAAGUCUGCAACCACCACUCCGUCAGGCUCUCCUCGGACCUCCCAGCAAAACGUUUAUAAUGCUUCUGAAGGUUCUACAUGGAAUCCCUUCGAUGACGACAAUUUCUCCAAACUCACAGCUGAAGAACUGCUGAACAAGGACUUUGCCAAGCUGGGGGAAGGCAAACAUCCUGAGAAGCUUGGAGGCUCAGCCGAGAGUUUGAUCCCAGGCUUUCAACCAACUCAAGGUGAUGCCUUUGCCACUCCCGCAUUUUCUGCUGGAACCGCCGAAAAAAGAAAGGGUGGGCAGACUGUGGAUUCUAGCCUCCCACUUCUAAGUGUAUCUGAUCCUUUUAUCCCUCUUCAAGUACCUGAUGCACCAGAAAAACUAAUUGAGGGACUCAAAUCUCCUGACACUUCUCUCCUGCUCCCUGACCUCUUGCCUAUGACAGACCCUUUUGGUAGCACUUCCGAUGCUGUAAUUGAAAAGGCCGAUGUUGCUGUUGAGAGUCUCAUACCGGGACUGGAGCCCCCAGUGCCCCAGCGCCUUCCAUCCCAGACGGAAUCUGUGACCUCGAACCGCACAGGUCUCCAGAGAGAUCCCAAUCCCUGUCCCGUAAUAACUGUAGAGCACUUUAAAGACUCAACGGGUGUUAAAGGCCUUCCCUUGUAUCCAGACCCCUCCAGAGUACCUGGCAUGAAAACUCAGAACAAUUUAGAAUCUGACUACUUGGCCCGAGAUGGCCCUUCAAGCAACAGUUCAUUCCACAGCAGCGAAGAGGAAGGGACUGAUCUCGAGGGGGACAUGCUAGACUGCAGUGGGUCCCGACCUCUACUCAUGGAGUCUGAAGAAGAGGAUGAGAACUGCAAGCCUCUGCAGGGGAAGCUGGGAGGAGCCAUCCCGUUCACUCAGCUGGAAGUCUCUACUGAGCAAGCAAAAGCAGGCCAAGGUGGAAGAACAAGCCAGUUCCAAGCCCUCACACAACCGACCACUGAUGGUCUGGGGGAGCCAGACGUUUUUGCCACGGCCCCCUUCAGGAGCUCAAGGGUUCCAAGUGAUGACAUGGAUAUUUUCUCCAAAGCCCCAUUUGUCUCCAAGGGCAGUGUGGCUCCUUCCCAGCCAGAGGAGGCAGACGUGUUCUUGAGAGCUCCUUUUACCAAGAAGAAGAGCAUGGAGGAGUUAGCAGUUGCUCAGAGUGCCUCCCAGGAGUUGUCUGUGCAGGCCAGUCUCCUCAGCCAGACUGAUGACGCCCCUUUGCUCCCAGGCCUGGAGAGAGCGGUGUAUGCUCCCGUCCGAGCUCAGUAUUCAAUGGCUGCUUUUGUCCAACAGUCUAACCACCCCUCCCAUCCUGUACAAGCAGCAGACCAUCUUGACAGCAUCUCUCCCAGGGGACCAUCCCUGGAACCUGGGGGCCAUCCUAAUGACAGAAACAAAGGACCUCAGCCCCAGAAAGAAGCUGUCUCAGGCCCCGUGGCUGGCAAACCAUUCCGCCCCCAGUCUUUAUCCAAAUACUCCCGUCACUAUAGCCCAGAAGAUGAGCCAAGUCCAGAAGCCCAGCCCAUUGCUGCCUACAAAAUUGUUUCACAGACCAACAAACAGUCGAUAGCUGGCUCUGUUUCCAUCACAUCCCUUUCCUCCAGGACUACGGAGCUGCCAGCUGCGGAUCCUUUUGCUUUAGCACCCUUUCCUUCAAAGUCAGGCAAGCAGAAACCUUAGGAGUGAUCCCCGAGCCUUAGGCCUCUGUCUUUACCCCACCCUCAGUACCUACCACGUCACUCCCAGCUGAGCCUAUCUCAGAAGAAAUACACCGAUUAUUAUCUUUCAGUUUCACAUAUCAGAGCAGAACUUCUGCACUCAACAGACUCAGUUGCAGUGAUACUUAGCUGAAACCCCUUUAAGUUAUGCUCAUUUCUUUUGAUUAUAUUGAUUUCUGGACUUCCAGACAUUUCUAUCUCCACCUCCACCCAGAACUCUGCUUUCUUUGUUUGGAUCCAGAAAUACUUCACCCCAAACUCCAAAGGGGCUAUGUUACUGCAAGGUUUAUUCCUGCAGUUUCUGUUCCAAGUCAUGUCCAUUGGAGGACACAGGAUUAGUCCCUUCAGGAAUUGACUUAAUGCUCUUGCAAAGGGGAUAUUUCUGGAAGGAAAUGCAAGGUGAAAAUCCUGCAAAUCAAGAGGAAGUGUAAUUCUGCAGAUUCUAAUCAUUCCUGUAAAACCAGCAGCUCUACAAGGAUUCUCCAGAUCGGUUUCUGAGUCUGUGCGAGCCAGGCUGGUCUCUCACACAUAUGAGUGUCUGUGGGUGUGUAACGUGUGUCAGCUCCUUUCCUACAUAGAAAUGCAAACAGAUGAGAUAUCUGUGCUCCUGUCUUAACAGUGUUGAGCCUUCCCGUGCCCAUGCCUUUUAAAUCACUAGGAGUGCACAGGUAUGUGUGCCAUGUGUGUGUGUGCACAGGGAGUAUUUUCCCUUUAGGUAAAUCCUGUCUUACUAUGCCUACCUCCACAAUCACUCAUUUACUGGCAUUUGUCUCCUGACCUAACUGACAUGAGCCCUGUUUCUAUUUCUUUUCUCGUGGCAAAAUUGAAUUCAUUGGAAGGUGUAGGAAAAUCCUGCUGCAACUGAGGUUUCAGAGUCGAUUUUUCUUUCUCCAAAAUGUGCUAUUUGGUAUUAGCAAAUUCCCUUUAUGUGGUCUUGAAAAUUUAAUUAUUUUUAUAAUUUUCACCCCAGAACAAUAGAGAAGAGCACCUUGUUACAGCUCUAACCAUUGGGUGUGUGGUGUUAGUAAUAUUUUAUUAAAGUACUUAAAAACCUU